AUGGCUGGAUAUCUAGUAGUCGGUGGUAUUCUCGCGCUCGCACAGCCGGCUUUUGCCGCGCCCGUCAUCGAAGAGCGGUUCGUCUCAACCCCAGCAACCACAAUCACAUCGGCUGCUGCCCAUACAGCACCUGUGGUGCCUGUGACCGAUGUCACAAGUCACGGUCCUUACACUGGUCCCUCGCCCACAACCACCGGAGCGCAGUCCACGAGCGUCCUCGCCGCUUCCGUCCCUGCACUGCCGCCAAACCCAGCAAAGUUUGACUACCCUGCUGAUGGAAAGCUUCACGCCAACCAGCCUGCACCCUACACACCGGCUGGUGGACAGGGCACCAAUGGCUCUGAGCCCGUGUAUCGUGUACAAUCCGAUUUCGAUUACCAGUCCAUCGCCCUCGGUCUGUACCAAGAAUGGAUCGAGUUGGACCUCUUCCACUACGGUCUCGCCACUUAUUCUGCUAAGGAUUUCGAGGCUGCCGGCUUGACCGCCGAGGACCGGUUCUUGCUGGAGUUCAUGGCUGACCAGGAGGUCGGACAUGCGACUCUCUUGACCAACAUGCUUGGCCCCAACGCCCCCAAGCAAUGCACCUACAACUACCCAUCGAUGAACGUGCGCGAGUACGUUGACUUCUCUCAGAAGCUAACUCGAUGGGGUGAGUCUGGUGUCUACGGUUUCCUGAACCAUCUUGACGCUCGCGAGGUCGGGCAGCUUCUUCUGCAGUCGAUUUCCACCGAAGCUCGUCAGCAGAUGAUCUUCCGCCAGUUCAACGGCCAGUUCCCCAUGCCCGUGUGGUUCGAGUGCGGCAUUCCCCAGUCGUGGGCAUGGACUCUGCUCGCCCCUUACAUCUCGUCCUGCCCCGCGGGUACGCAGCAACUCAUCUGGCAGAACUUCCCUGCGCUUCAUAUCCUCAACCAGCCUAACGCAGCCCGCAUUAAUGGUGCUGAUGUGUGGAAUGAGACCCUGGGCGACUAUGCCAACACUCUGAGCACCGAGGGUAUCAAGCACAAGGAUGCUUGCGUCAACUCGACUGUCGUUGGCGAGGACUGCUCACCGGCCAUCACCCACAAUCGUACCCAACCGCUGUCAUACCCUGGUCGUGAGGUCUUCCUGCAGUGGGAGAAGCCCGGCCAGGCCGUCGGUCCCAACAACAGUUACGUCACAUCUACCUCUGCUGGCGCGCCCAAGUUCGCUCUCUGGGCGUCGCAGCUGAACGUGACUUACUCCCCCUUGUUGAACAUCAGCGGCAAUUCAGCGUAUACCAUUCAGCCCAACGUCUCUACCUACGAAGGUGAUCCAGCUAUCAAUGGCACCAUGUUCCUCGCGCUCACCGACGAAGAAAUUCCCGUCACACCGUUCAACUUAAGCCAAGUCAACCCUCACGUCUAUGCACUGGCUCUGUACCAGGCCGGUUAA